AAGAUAAUCGCGGACAUGUUCCUCCCCCAUAUUGGAUUGUCAGAGUUGGAGGAGGAGUGCUUCUCUAAGAUCCUGCCUGAGGUGAAAAAUAUGUUUAACAGUCUGACCAAAGAGAUCUUGAACCAAGUUGGAGGCUUAUCCAGUCAAAACACAGAACUGCGCACAUUAUUGAGGAACAUUUUGCAGGCAAUGGUGCAGAUAAUAGAGGUGAUGUCUGCUUGUGUACGCCAUGUCUCCUCGUUCGAGAAAGCCCCAGAAUUUAGAGCCAUUCGGUCUUUACCCUCCUGCAUCAUCAAAAUCCUUAAGGACACUUUCCAGCACUGCAAGGAGAGUCAGGAAAUCUACUGUGGCUGCCUGUCCCUGUUAGCUGACCUACUUCAGGACCUCUUCAAGGAGGCCUGUUCCCUACAGAAAGGCGUUAUGGAGCUGUUGGACAGGAUCUCCCUUGAUACCAGCACCUCUGAAGAGGAGGUUUCUGACAUUGUCAUGGUGAUUCACAGCCUUCUGGAUGUCUGUGUUGUGAUCGCCAGCCUCGACAUGGCCAUGCACGCCAACACCUGGAAAUUUAUAAUUAAACAGAGUGUGAGGUACCAGUCAUUGGUGGAGGAACAUCUCCGUCACGGGGACAUCACUAACAGUCUGGCUGACAAUCUGUUGGCCUACUUCAGCAGGUGUUUGGAGCUGGGUGAACAGAUAACACAAGCCGGCCAGCAGGAGAAUGCUCAAAGCCCAGAUUACAAACUGUUACAGAAAACCAUGAAGAUGUGCAGGUUCUUUGCCAACACUUUAGUUCAUUACAUAAAGGAAUUCAAAUCUUUUCUGGCAAAGUACUGCAGCCGCUUUCAUCAACUUUACCUCCAGAUCGUAAGUAUGUUUGGUCCGUGUUUGGGUGCCCCAGCCCUGCCCUCCCCUCUGUCUGAGGAGCUGAAUGUGGUGGCCCUGGUGCCCAUGGAGGCCCUCCUGUCUCAGCUGUUGCCCCUGCGGCCCUUUGCUGAGGUUGUCCUCCGACGGGAGCAGCAGUUGAGUCCCAAGUAUGAGCUUCCUCAGUGCCUUCUGCUGGUGAACGUCUUGGGUCAGUUGGCCACCCAGCCAGAAGAGGUGCUGCAGCUUUGGUACGCUGGCAGUCAGUUCUCUGAAGAGAUACCCAGGCUUCCUCUCUACCAGGCUGUGUUGGAUAGUUUCCGGCGUUGCUAUACGGAGCGUAAGGUGCCCGUGCUUUUGCCAGGAGUGAUGAUGAACGGCCACGCCCAAGUCAGGGUCACUCUACACCACCAUGUAUGCGUGCAGCUCUGCGCCGGUGUGGCCAUGCUUCCCCCACUGUACUUCCCCGUUCUGGAGUGUUGUUUGUUGGAGGCUGUCCUGCAGCCAGAUACGCAAACGGCCCUGCUGGCUACAGACGUAUGGUGCUUCACAGCACGGUAUGGGACAGCAGAACUUUGUCUACAUAACGUCCUCGUCAUAGCACACCUGGUGAAAAAGUGCAGGCGGGACUGUUACCAGUUGUCCAACCUGGGCCUGCUGCUUAAGCGCAUGUUGUUCCUCAUGAUGCCCAACCAUCAGGUGGAGCUGGUUGAGCGUUUCCCCCCUUCUGAGAUGGAGAACAUGCCGGUUUGGCAUCACGUCCUCCUCAGAGCCCUCUCACCAGAUGCUUGCGCCCGAGUAGCGACAGACGUCAUCUCGCUGACUCAGAAAGCCCUGGCUGACUGGCAGAGUGGGGGUUACAAACUUGGGCACGUGGACAAAGUGAAUGAGGUGCUGUUGUGCUUGCUAGCAGUGGUUAAAGAAGACCCCUCCCCUGGAGGGCAGCAUACGUUGUCUGCAGUGAGGAUACUCACACAAGUCUGGCUACGUAUGUGUCCCAGCCAGGUCCAGACCCAGCCUGUGCUCCAAGCUACUCUGAGGCUCCUUCUGUUGAUAUCGGCCGCUGUGGUGAGAAACCUUGAGGCUCAGGUCAUUUGUCAGGCGCUGGCGUGUGUGAGCGCUCUGGUUUCCCAGAAGUGUCCUGAUGAGGUGGUGCUGGCUGCCCUGGAUUUCCUGGCAUCCCUGGGGAAGGUCUUUGUCCCUCAUGACAGCCAGAACCAAGUCCUGCCCAGGCUGAGUAGUCUGUUCGGAGCCCUGCUCGCCGAGAGAUCCUGGCUGCUACAUCAGCACGCCAUGGAGGCCUUUGCCAACUUUGCAGAGAUCACAAAUCAUGAGGAGGUGAUCUCCCAGAGUUUGUCUGUGGAAGAGACCAAAACCAAAUUGGUGAAUUACCUCAGCAAGACUGUCUGUGCACGGGAAGCGGCGGAGACGCGGCUGGAGAGGCUCAGAUGUGAGACUUCUGUUAUUGAGCAACACAACAAGAGGCUUGAGACCAAUAAGGAAAAUAUCAUGAACGAAUCUCCUGCCAAAGCCGUCACUGACUCAGAGCCUUGUCCAAAGACAGCGCCACAUGAGACCAGUGAGGUGGAGUACAGUCAUCACGUCCAGACGGCCGAGGCGGCUCUGAAAGCUCUGCUGGGUCUUGCUGAGGCGGACUCCGACAUGGCAGCUCCACAAUGGUUGGAAUCCAAGCUGCAGGAGCUGCAGACUUUGAUAACACAAAUCAGCGCGGCCCAGUGGGCUACCUAACGGCUGCGCUGUUCUUUUCCGCCUGUAAAUGUUCUGAUUUUAAAGAUAUGCCUGUGAACAAUGUGCAGCCCCCUUUGCUAAGAAUAUUUGUUUUUUUCCGCUUUCGGGUAUUUGUUUCUCUCUCCCUUCUUACGUCACACGUAGGCAAAGGGUCAGUUUAUGGUUAGUCUUUAGUCAUAUCCAAUUGUUUAUUAAACUUUUAAG